GCUCAGGCCUGCCCUCUCUUUCAAACAAAUGAAUAAUGUCUUAAAACAAAAAGUCUGCUUUGUGCGUAACUGUAGAGGAAGGUGCCGGAGGAUGUGCAAUUUAUCAUUUCUCAUCACCUGCUGUUUACGGUGUUGUCACAGUGAUGUGGUACUGAUCCUUGUCAGUGUAUAUUUGUUUUUACACACCGACAGUGUGUGAGAGUGCUUGUUUCUUUAGUCUUCUCAGCAUUGCCUGUUGUUUUAUUUUUCAUUUUACUUUUUUGUUAAGUAAUCUCUAUGGCUGACAUGAGGCUCGAACUCACAACCCUAAGAUCAGGAGUUGCACGCUCUACCAACUGAGCCACCUAGGCGCCCCAGCAGUGGGUAUUAUUUUCAUUUUUACUAAUCUGAGAGAUGGAAAAAGUUAACCGGUUCCAAUUUGCAUCUUUUUCAGUUAAACAUUAUUUCAUAGGUCUACCGGCCAUUCAUAUUUCUCUGACUUUUUAAUAUCAGAUGUCUACCUUCUUUUUUUUACCGAACAUAAGAGUUCUAGUUUAUGGCUUCAAAGCUGUGAUAAAGCACAUUUUAUGUCAAAAAGCUCUAGAUCAAAUUGAAAAGUCCCCUGUGGGAGAACAAUGGACUGUUACUCUUGUGAGCCAGUGAUAGGCUGCUGUUGUGGCCGGUGGUUCUGUUUGCAAGAGCGCGAUCUGACCUCGUGUGCCGUGGUAUGUCGUGUAGCUUCGUGCACAAUGGCACUGCCCUCCCACGGGGCCUGUUUGGUAGUGAGUGGGAAGGGACUGCUGAAGCCUCUGUCUGCAGGUGACACUCAGUGUAGUAAGCCAGGAUCACUGCACUGGUCUGGGCUGUCUACAGUUUUUAAAAACCAGUCUCUGAAAUUUCAGUUCUCCAAACUGAGACAUUCUCAUCAUGUCAGGGAAGGGCACGUUUAUGUGAUGAUUUCAGAAGAGAGGAGGAAAAUAUUUAUGUGGUCCUCCUGUGCUGCCUUUUAAAAAGAUACCCUGAUUGAUUCAGCUUUUCCAUCAUCAGAACUGAGAGUCACUGCAUGUUAGGAAGAUUGUCAUUGAUGCAGGCGUGAUCGAUUGCAAAGAGCAGUAAUCGGCUCUGGCCAGCUUGGGCAAAAAGGAGCUUGUUGGAAGGCUGUCGGAGCCAGUCAAGUUGGCAGAAGGCUGCCAGCUGCAGGAGGCCAUGUGGAGGCUGGACCAGGGGGAGCCCCACGGCAGGCAGCCCCUCAGCUGAAACAGGGCUCAUCUGGCCAGGACGCUGCUGCUCCUGAGAUGACUGGCCACCAGCCAUUCAUCCACUUGCUCCAGACUCAGGAUCCCAGGAGGGUCUGACUGGCUGAGUUUCGGCCACAUGCCCACUGGCUCUGCCGGGGAAGGAGAGGGAGGGAGGGUCCAUCCCCUGGGCGCCGAUAUUGUGAGUGGCUUGCAUCAAGGGUCACACUCCCACGAAAACCACGAGGAGAGAGGCUAAAAAGACUGAAGAAGCAGAUAGGUUCUGGGGUACAUUCCCUUCCAAAAGGCUUUGUAGCAACAGUAUCUCUCGUUUUUAUUUUAAGAGUGAUUAUUUAAGAUGUACGUGAAAAUCCCACUCAUCUUCCCAAAAUCCUAGCUAGGGAUGUCUGCAUGGUGGCGGUGCCAGGACUCCUCACCAGUCUUCUAACUUGUAGUCUAGUGGGUUCGCCCCCACUGGCCCCUGCAGGAGGCCUGGGCUGCUCAGUCUGGGCUGGUUUUCCUUACAGGUUACAUAAGGACAGGCUCAGUCUUUCUGGCCCAAACUCAGGACCGGCUGAUCUCCCUGAAGCGCAUCAACGCAAGGCUGAAUGUCAUAGGCAUCCCUUCUGAGAUCAUCUCCCCCAAGAAAGUCGCCGAACUUCACCCUCUCCUCAACGUGCACGACCUGGUGGGGGCCAUGCAUGUUCCCGAGGAUGCUGUGGUGUCCUCUGCUGACGUGGCUCUUGCCCUGGCAAGUGCUGCCUCCCAGAACGGUGUUCAGAUCUAUGACCGGACCAGCGUUCUUCAUGUAAUGGUCAAGAAAGGUCAAGUUACUGGUGUGGAGACAGAUAAAGGACAGAUCGAGUGUCAGUAUUUCGUCAACUGUGCUGGUCAGUGGGCAUACGAGCUGGGUUUGUCCAACGAGGAGCCGGUUAGUAUCCCGUUACAUGCGUGCGAACACUUCUACCUUCUGACUCGCCCCUUGGACACCCCUCUGCAGAGCAACACACCAACUAUCGUGGAUGCUGAUGGAAGAAUUUAUAUCCGGAACUGGCAGGGUGGGAUCUUGUCUGGGGGCUUUGAGAAGAACCCGAAGCCAAUCUUCACUGAGGGCAAGAACCAGCUGGAGAUUCAGAACCUGCAGGAAGACUGGGAUCACUUUGAGCCCCUGCUGAGUUCCCUCCUGCGGCGCAUGCCAGACCUGGAGACUCUGGAGAUCCUGAAGUUGGUGAACUGCCCCGAGACCUUCACCCCAGACAUGAGGUGCAUCAUGGGCGAGUCUCCUGCAGUCCAGGGCUACUUUGUCCUGGCGGGAAUGAACUCUGCUGGCCUUUCGUUUGGUGGAGGGGCUGGGAGGUACCUCGCUGAAUGGAUGGUGCACGGUUAUCCAUCAGAAAACAUCUGGGAACUGGACUUGAAGCGUUUCGGAGCCCUCCAGAGCAGCCGCACCUUUCUGCGCCACCGCGUCAUGGAAGUCAUGCCUCUGCUCUAUGAUCUGAAGGUUCCCCGUUGGGACUUCCAGACCGGGAGGCAGUUACGCACGUCUCCUCUCUAUGACCGGCUGGAUGCACAAGGAGCCAGGUGGAUGGAGAAACAUGGAUUUGAGAGGCCAAAGUACUUUGUGCCACCGGACAAGGACCUCCUGGCAUUGGAGCAGAGCAAGACUUUCUAUAAGCCUGACUGGUUUGACAUCGUGGAAUCUGAAGUCAAGUGCUGUAAGGAAGCUGUGUGUGUCAUUGACAUGUCUUCUUUCACGAAGUUUGAGAUAACAUCCACCGGGGACCAGGCACUGGAAAUCCUACAGUACCUCUUCUCCAACGACCUGGAUGUGCCCGUGGGCCACAUCGUGCACACCGGCAUGCUCAACCAGGGCGGGGGCUAUGAGAACGACUGCAGCAUCGCGCGCCUGAGCAAGCGCAGUUUCUUCAUGAUUUCCCCCACCGACCAGCAGGUCCACUGUUGGGCGUGGCUUAAGAAACACAUGCCAGAAGACAGCAAUCUGCUUCUGGAGGACGUCACCUGGAAGUACACUGCCCUCAAUCUGAUAGGUCCUCGAGCUGUGGAUGUGCUGUCGGAGCUGUCCUAUGCCCCUAUGACUCCAGACCACUUCCCGAGUCUGUUUUGCAAGGAGAUGAGCGUGGGCUAUGCCAAUGGGAUCCGGGUGAUGAGCAUGACCCACACAGGAGAGCCCGGCUUCAUGCUUUAUAUCCCCAUAGAGUAUGCCCUGCACGUGUACAAUGAGGUGAUGAGUGUUGGGCAGAAAUACGGAAUCCGGAAUGCUGGGUACUAUGCUCUUCGUAGUCUUCGAAUUGAGAAGUUUUUUGCCUUCUGGGGUCAGGAUUUAAAUACCCUCACCACCCCCCUGGAAUGUGGACGAGAAUCUCGGGUGAAACUGGAGAAGGGGAUGGACUUCAUUGGCCGAGACGCCCUGCUGCACCAGAAGCAGAACGGGGUGUACAAACGCCUCACCAUGUUCAUCCUGGACGAUCACGACACCGACCUGGACCUCUGGCCGUGGUGGGGAGAGCCCAUUUACCGCAACGGGCAGUAUGCGGGCAAGACCACCAGCAGUGCCUACAGCUACACUCUGGAGCGCCACGUCUGCCUGGGCUUCGUGCACAAUUUUUCCGAGGAUACUGGGGAAGAACAGGUGGUGACAGCAGAUUUCAUCAACCGGGGAGAGUAUGAGAUUGACAUCGCGGGACACCGGUUCCAGGCCAAGGCCAAGCUCUACCCGGUCACCUCGCUCUUCACCCACAAGCGCCGAAAGGAUGACGUGGAGCUAAGUGACUUGCAUGGGAAGUAAUGGCUGCCAGUCUGUCUUACCCACCUGUCCACUACCGCAGGGCUCCCCUCCUCCUCCUGUCCCGUCCCCUGCCUCCCAGCUCUUUGAUGGGAUUUUAAACUUCACCUGCUUUUAAACCUUUUGCUUUACAACCUCUCUGGGCUGUUCUCCCCCCUUCACCUCUCAGACUCCCAUGGUGACAUGAAGCAUGUCUGACGAGCAGGACAGGUACAGACUCCACUUGUGGAAGUAGGUACCCGGGACAGUUGGAUUUGUGAUGUUGUGUCUCCAAGCGAAGGAAGCUGGUGGUGUGCAGGCCUCAGGGCAAGAGUCCAGCUCCAAGAGGUUAACUUUUCUUGGAGCGACCUGUUCAUUUUGGUGGGUUGCUGUGUUGGAAUCAGCCCUGUGCAGGAGCCCGCCUGUGCUGUUGAGCCAGGCAGAUCGUUCUCCUUUCCACUGUGCUGUGGGUUGGCCCCCUGAUACCUUAGCAAGAGGACGACCAUCUACCUCACUAACGAGAGGCAUCACGUGCACGUUACCUGUGGUCUCUGGCACCAUUCCGGCCUCCUUAUCAGCCCGGUUAGUACACUGUCAGGCCAGGGCUACUGGCCUCAACUUUUCUGUCUCUCUCAACUCUGUAAGAGGGUUUGUUGGCCUGAGUAAACAAGCCAGUCUUUGAAAGGGAAAAACCAUGUUGCCUUUUGUGUUGCUUUUCCCAGCUGAAAGGGUCUGCUCUCAGACGGGGCACAGCACUGAGGUGGUGUCUUGCCGUUAGAACGCUGCUGCUGCUUUCGGCUGCUCCAAGCUCGGUUGUCCCAGCUUGACCCUUCCUCUUCUCCAGGUGCAUUUGACUUAGUCUGUCCUCCCUCACCUGUCCCUUGUGCAGCAGGCCCACUCAGCCAGCAAACACUGCUGUCCCUUUGGAACAGGGCAGGCGUGCUGUUCUGGUGAGGAACCAAACCUUGCUGGCCUUGCUGAGUUUGAGAAAGCUACUGGCCCCCCAAGUUUGGCUUCUUCUGGCCCAAAACAGAUCCACACAGAGCUGACCCCCGUGGGUCUGUUGAGAGUUGUGUGUGUGUGUGGAGAGCGUACAUUCUUUGAGUCUGCUCUCCAGCCAGCCAGGGCUCCGGGAAGGCCCUCCACCCUGUUAGGUAGGGUCUGUUUCCUAAGGGGUGAGCUGGGCACUCACCACUAGUUAUCCUUUGCUGUUACAGAUUUUAAACUGCUGUCUUGGUAUCUUGGAAGCAUGAGCUCUGAUAGGUCCCUACACUAAAGAGCCUUUUGUUUUAGAGCAGCUUAAAAUUCUCAGGUGUGUCUGUCUGCUGUGGCAUGUCUUGGGAUCUGUUUAUCCAUUUAAUCAGAUGGAGUCCUUCUAGACACUGCUUGCCAUUUCCCCAGCCAGACAACUCCUACUUGAUUACUGACUGCUUAAGGAGGUCUUCGUUGAUUUAUCAAGGGAGUAGGUAGGUAGAACUCUGUUCCCAGAGAGAUGCUGCCCCUGGGUAGGGAAGGGGCAGGGGUGUCGCUCCACUGGACAGCAGGACCCAGGUGCCGGGCUGCGCAGGUGUGAGUGGCAGGGGCCCAACGGACUAAGGAAGAUGGAAACAGGCAACACAGCACUAAAGGUAUCCCGUGCUCUGUGCCACGCUCCUCUUUGUAAAUGGAGAUUUAGGGUUUAUUCUAAAAGGCAUUCUAGAUUUAAAUUGUAACCAUAAAUAAGGGUCACACUUUUAAGACUCUGGCAAGAUGUUAAUUUCCUGGAGCAUCACUUGUUUAUUGAGGGCCCUGACAGACACCCACACUUCGAGAUUCUAACACUUUAACACUCACCCUUGAAAUCCCCUGGGUAAUUCAGAUGUCAACAGUAUGAAUCUGGUAGUUUAUCUCUUUGGUCCUAAUUCUAAAAGGGGUGACUCUUUCCUGCCUCCCCACAUACCUGACAGAAUGUCGUUUCUGGGGCAGUCAGGCCCCAUGCAUUUACCUGUGUAAAUUCCUCUCUCCCUAGAGAUCUGAGGGAUCUGGACUCUUGUGAAACGUUAGCAGGACUUUGGUUUCAGGUGGCUGCUCCUUUUUUUCUCCAAAAUGAUCGGUCGUCACCUCUUGUACUCUCUUGAGGGAGGGGCUCCUCUUCUUUUUGAACCUAGAAACACAAAGCGUACUGGUCUCAAGCAGAUGAAAACUCAGGGCUGCAAGUCUCCUGUGGCCCCUCUCCCCUGAAAUAUCUGCUAAGCCCCCAGUGACUCCUGCCACAGGAAAUCCUGGUUCCCAGCCCUGCCACAGUCACUCAUCUGACAUGGAAGCUGGCAGCCUAGAGACUCCAUGUCCAUGACAAUGGCACUCAAGUCAGGAAAGCUCUAAAUUUGGAAAUUUAGAGCAAGGGACAAGAACUGCCUGCUGUCCUGCACCCCGUGUUGAAGCCACCACACGGGCGAGACCUGCUACAGGAGAGAGAACCAAACAAUUCCCAGUACAUUUCCAGUGCUCUGCUGGGGGGGGGGGUCCCUCCCUGUAUCCCCAAAUACAAGAGAUGCCAUUCAGGCCAGGGGCCCAGAGACCAUUAAGCUCAGUGGUUAACCUCGGUUAUCCCAUUUCUGUAGAAGCCCGGUCACUCGGCUUCUCACUAGGAGACAUGGCUGUGGUUUACUACCUUCUUGUACAGACCAACAGUUUUACCUCUUUCCCUUCUAAGAAAGUAGAACAAGUGAAAAGUAACUCCACCUUUCUCCACUACCCUGUGUCGGAGUGCGUUCGAAAGGUUAACACCCCCUGCCCCCCAGCGGAUGUGGCAGGAGUGACAGCAGCUUUUUAAAGUGGUUUAGCUUCAUGGAAGAGCGGACCCCUCACCUUGCUUUCUGGCUCGGUUUAUCCUCUGCUUGAUGGACAUGUGGGCUGGCAUCUGAGUCUUUACCCUCCCUUAUCACCUAAGGGAGAUAAAAGGGAAUCUUCUAUAACCUGUAGUCUUGGUUCUGACCCUAGAAGGCUGUGUCCUGGCUGACUUUCAGGGGUUAGCUACUGGCUUCAAUCUUCUAACUGCUUGACCAGUAUAAUAAUAGGCAAGGAUCCCUUUAAGUAUCCAAGGUAGAGGUCUGAUCACUAGGACAAUACUGAAGAACUUUCUACUGUUUUCACAUUUCCUUUUGCACACUCCCCUGCACCCACACUGACAGAAGCAGCUUUUAUCAGCAUGAUAAAGGGAACAUUUUCACGAGUCACGAAUUGUCAUUUGCAGGCACAUGGAUUCAGCAGAAGUACAACAAAGGGGCAGAAAUGGUAGAUGACAUGAGAGUUUUCAGGCGCUAACCAUGUCCUGCAGCGAGCUGCAAGCCUUGGGUCUGCCUGGCAGCGCCUCCCCUGCACCCCCACCUCGGCGUCCUCCACUUUAAGGUGCUGAGUUGUGAGGCUCCCUCCUCAUCUGCACAGGGCUUGCACUUGCCAUCCCUCAUCACUACAAAUGCACUAUUUUUCAAGAGAACUAAAUAUUUUUGUAUGUCUUUGCCUUCUCUUGUCCAUUAAACACCAGAGUUAUUCAUCAUAUACUAGGAUUCUUGACUUCUCUGAGCAGAGACUGCAUUCCUUGAAGAAUUAGACACUUCUUCAUGGGCUUUCUUUCUCACAUUUAGAUGUACCUAUUUUUACCCUUUGCAAACCUUUUCUGCCUUCUCGGUUUUCUGUCAAGGACAGAAAUUACAAGGGGUGGGGUGGGUAUUUUGAGCAUCUGUUUCAAAAGAUCUAUGCCAGGAUUUCCUUUGCACACCAAGAACUUGAGCUGGGAGCACCUCUCUUCAACCCCGGUUCUCGUGCCUUACACCAGAACGUCCCAUGGUGGGUGUAGACAGGAAGGAUGAAAAGAAACUUCAUUUCAAUUUGAGGGUUCCCAUCCACCUGCCAUAGCCUCCCUUCUCCAGAUCAAACAGGUGAGGGGUAGAAAUUUCUGCAACUUCUUUCAAUCGGGGGGUUUCUAGCAGUGUACUUAACACUUCACUCUCGGGUCUACUCUUGGGAUGCAGGAAAUGCCAUCGUAAUUAUUGUACAGGGCUGUAACUCCUUAUUUACCUUUGUAAGCGUGCAGUUCACUCAGCCCCUUUCUGUCCCUGGGUAACGUCAGCUUGUGGUGCUGAAGACAUUUGAGGCACUUUAGGGGAUGGGAUUUUUCUCAAGGGCUCUGGUGACAUUAGUCCCCAGGGUGACUGAACACUUCUGCCUCCAUGAAUGUGGUAUUAAUAUUGUGCACUGUUUCUAUCAAGCCAGAUUCCAAUUAAGAUUUUCAUGUUACUAAGUUUCUAAAUGAAUAAACAGACAUUUUAAUUACU